AUGGAAGACGCGAGCAAUACCGAUCAGUUCCGAUGCUAUGUGGCCACCGAUAUUGUGGGCAUCCUUCUGCUGAUCGCGGGCGCUAUUUUGGCUUUCAUUUUGGCCUGUCGUGAAAUUUACUAUUCAUAUCCAAUGGUGGUUGCCUGUGCCGUGGUUAUUCCACUUGGUCUGCUUGCCUAUAUUGUAGCGAACGCUUGUUAUUGGCCUAAAACCACACCAUCUGCUGGAUCGUGGCUCUUAUCCGCGCUUUGGGCUGCCGUACCUCCGGCACUGACCGCAAUCUUCUACGUCUUUGUUCGACCGGAUCGCGUGUUGUAG